CAGCCGUACUGGGUCGUGUGUGCAGGGUGGGAAAUUUCGUUGACAACGUUUGCAGUUCUUGAGCAAAAUAUGCAGUUUUACAUCACGAUGUGGCGACUUAAUGCUGUGUAAACGCGAAUCGGCGUUCACUGCAUUCCUUCGUUCGUCUAUAGAUUCCGGAAAAAAAGUAUUUACCAAGGGACUGAGAAGAGAGAGUGACAGCAUGAAGAUUGCGGUGGAGGGCUGCUGCCAUGGCGAGCUAGACAAGAUCUACGAGACCAUCGCCUACCUGGAGAAGAAGGAAGGCCUCAAGGUAGAUCUGCUGCUUUGCUGUGGGGACUUCCAGGCCGUGAGGAAUGAAGGUGACCUCAAGUGCAUGGCAGUGCCUGCCAAGUACAGAACCAUGCAGACUUUUUACAAGUACUAUUCUGGAGAGAAGAAGGCUCCAAUUCUGACCAUCUUCAUCGGAGGUAACCACGAGGCCUCCAAUCACCUGCAGGAGCUGCCUUACGGUGGCUGGGUGGCGCCCAAUAUUUAUUAUCUAGGUUAUGCCGGCGUUGUCCGUUACAAAGGCAUCCGAAUCGGAGGCGUGUCCGGCAUCUUCAAAUCACAUGACUACAGAAGAGGUCACCAUGAAUUCCCUCCAUACAGCCCUGAAACCCUGAGAAGUGUCUAUCACGUCCGAAAUAUUGAGGUGUUCAAGCUAAAGCAGAUCCGCAUGCCAGUCGACAUUUUCAUGAGCCACGACUGGCCGCGUGGGAUCUACCACCACGGCCACACUGAGGAAUUGUUGCGUAAGAAAAAGUUUCUGCGUCAAGAAGUGGAGUCCAACUCUUUGGGCAGCCCAGCAGCUGCUGAGCUUCUAGACCACCUCCAGCCCGGCUACUGGUUCUCGGCGCAUCUUCACGUCAAAUUUGCUGCCCUCAUGCAGCAUCCGCCUAAAGCCAACACCGCACCGCGCGUCACCAAAUUCCUGUCACUGGAUAAAUGUCUGCCGUAUCGGCAAUUCCUGCAGAUUGUGGACAUUCCAGAGAGGGACGGUUCAUCCAAGGGUCUGGAAUACGACCCAGAGUGGCUGGCUAUUCUGAAGGCCACCAACCACCUGCAGAGGACCACCCAUCAUCCCUGGAACCCUCCUGAGAACAACGGCCUGCAUGAACGGUGGGACUUUAGCGUUUCCGAAGAAGCAAUGAUGAAGGUGGUGGAGGAGCUCAGCGGCGAGCUCGCCAUCCCGGACAACUUCAGUCAUACCGUGUCUGCUUAUGACCCCGGCAACCCCCAGCCUCACUCGGCCCCCAGCUACAACGCCAACCCCCAGACCACCGAGCUAUGCUCCACCUUAGGCCUUACAGACAUCUACAUCCAGGUGGGGCAAGGCGACGACAUGAGAGAGGCUCACGGUGGAGAGGAGGAAGACGAUUGUCCGGAAGAUGAUGAGCCCAGCCAGUACCCUACGGACACCUCUGGCAUGUCAAGCUCGUUUAAUCCAGACGAGAUCACCAUAGAGGACGAGUGGGAGGAAGAACUAGAGAGCGGCUCUGAUCCAAAACUCCCUGGCGGGGAUGUCGCCUACACACCCCGCAUGGUCCUGCCACCGCCCAAAUUGGAAGCUUCCCCCAUUCCCAUGUCUCCCCUCAUGGACCUAUCACCCCACUGCCACUCCACACCUGAAACCACCCGCCCCAGCUCUGGGCUAGAGUUGGACAAAGAGAGCGAGGAUGCAGAUCCUGCAGGAACACGGGCCCCCAAACGGACCAGCGUCGAGGCCGGUGGUAAUGGAAGUGGGACCGCGACACCGCGCAUUAAACGCAGGAACCAAAUCAUCUAUGCCACAGCGGAAGACGAGUGUAAUGAUUAGAUAGCUUUUUUAAUUUUAUUUUUGUAUUUUUUCUGCAUUUUUAACACCGAGGACAAAUUUGUUUUCCUCUUUUAAAAGAUAUAUUUUAAAUGUUCAUUUUUAGAAACAGGUUUUGAGUUUAUUGUAGUUUUUUGGUGAAUGUGAUUUUUCAAGACAGCAUGGGUGUAAAAUACCAUUGGGUGUAAUUAUUUUUUUUUUGCAAGAGGAAAAAAAAAUAAUCAUUGAGCUUUAUACCAUGUCUUUUAAAAAUUAUUUCCUUGUUGUAUUCAAUAUUAUUUUAAUGAGCAUGUGCAUAUGUAUUCAAAAAUUUACAUUUAUUUUUUUUAUUUUAAAAGACGAAUUUUUAUUUUAUGUUUUGAAAUUGUUUGCUCAUUAUGGGAAAAAAAUCUCCAAUUUCUUUUUUUUUUUUUUGUAUUUUCACUUUAUUGCCCAUUAUAAAACGCAUCAACAUUUAAAAAAGGCAAACCUUUAAAAAUGUUUUUUUUCUUUGUGAUUUGAGCAAAAUUUGGUACAUGUUUUAAGGGACAGCCUGUGAAUUAAUGGCUAGUUUACAUCCAGAUUGAGUAUCUAGCAGCAAUUUAAAUCUAACAUGCAACGUUCCAUGUAAAAUGUCAUCAAAUUAGGUUGCAAUUUGUUGCGUUUGUCUUAAUUAUAGUGUAAGUGUAAAGAAACUGUCUCACACCAUACACUGUCAUGUAGGGUUGUACUGUGUCUCUCGAGCAACUGCAGGGAGGACCAAGAAGGCCAGGCUGUAACACAUUGAACUUUUUAUUUUACACACUUCCUCAUAUUUCUUCCUUGGUUGCUUUGUAGUAUUUCAGGCAAUCAGACAGGGCUCGAACUGAAAUGAUGCAAGGCUGAAUAUUCACAAUUAGUGUCCUCCGCUGUGUUCUUCAUGUUCCUCAGUUAACGCCGUCCCCUUCCUCCUCCUCGGCAAAUGUUGAUUCAUUGAUGAAGAAUGGAAGCUGGCUGAGGGGGAUCGGAUGCUUUUAGGGGGACUGUAGUGGUUGUGGAGGUCACAUGGUAGGGGAAAAGAGGGUCAAGUUAAGUUGAUGGUGGUCUAGUUCCCACCGCAGCAAGCUCUGGUGGAGUGGGCGUCCGGGUCCUGGAGAUUGACUCCCCGAUGUCGUGCCGCAUGUGUUGGGUUCUGGGUGUCUGUUUUUGGCAUCUUUUUGGCUGCAAAAUAUUAAGAGUGCAAGGUUUAUGCAGUGUUCGCCCGUGAAAUGAUCUUGGUUUGACAGUAUAGUAAUUUAAACAGCAUGCACAAAUCAACCAGGUGAUCACUUUUUUCAUCCAUUAUAAAAUGCAGGGAUUUUCUAAAAAAUACUUUACAAAUUGUGUUGCCUAUUAUAAAAUAUAGGAAUGCAUCUUUUUGUAUUUUAUUUUCAUUUUUCCACAUCAUAUACAAUAUAUACAGUACAAUAAUAUACACAAUUCCAGUCCAGUCAUAAUACUGAAACAGCACUUUUGAAAAUGACUAAUGACCUCCCUGGCAGCUAAUUCCAGUCUUCUCACAAGGGAUGCUCCGAUCAGGGUUUAUGCUGCCGAUUCCAAUACCGAUAAUCUAGGACUGAAAUCGGCCGAUACCAAUCACAUGGAUUAAUUACACAUUUUUCAAUUAAUUUAUAAGUGAUCCUGGCCAUAUAUGAAUAAAGGAACCAUAAAAUCACCUUAAUUUAGACAAAAACAUAUCUGACUUUUUGAAGAGAACAUACUGUACAUCGCUGGUGAAACUUAGAGGCCGAGACACCUUCUUUAAGGACACUUUGGAUGUGAGAGUACAUUGGUGGAGCUCCAGCAGGACUUCCAGGUGAGUGAGAGAGCACUCGGCAAACCCGGUGUCUUCCACCUCUGAGAAAGGCUGGUCAUCUCAUCCGCUGAAUUCAAUUUUUCGGGUUAUUAGCUUAGCAUUCUGACUGCCACGUACAUAUUACGGGCGAGUUCCCACAUAGCUGCUUUAGCCGCCGUUGACUGAUGAUCACACCGCGACUCCGUCAAAUGUUUGUUCAAAUGCUGUGUUAAAGCUUUUUUAAAUGCUACGGUGCUGCAGGAUGGAUGUCGUGGCAUGUGUUGGUAAAGUUCCACAUAGCAGACAUGAAUGUUUUUGUUUUGGCACGCCUGUGCACUGUGAAGGAAAGUGGGAGGAGUGUGACGCCCAAGAUGUUAGCUGCACUACACGCAUACAUCGCUGCGGACUGGAUAAGUUCCAGCCACAGGUGAUGGACUUUUGUGAUGGCCACUGAAAGGCACUUAUCGGCAUACGACAAUAGUGAUUUUUCACGGAAAUGACCGGUACUGAUCGGUGUAUCAAUCAGAGCAUCCCUACUUCUCACCAUCCUCAUUCUAGAACUGUCUGCCGCCUUUGACACCAUUUCACACAGCGUCCUCCUUAACAGACUGCAGAAUAUUGGCAUCGCCCACCAGCCCCACCCCUCCACCGGUUCCGAUCAUGUUACUCCGCCCCACUCAAUUUGUUCAACUCAGAUCAUCCAAAUCCCUUCUGUCCCCCGUUUUCUCUGGUGUGUCCCAGGGCUUUGUCUUGGGGUCCCUGCUCAUCAUCUACCCUCUAGCUCUUAGUAAUCAUUUCUGUCAACUUGACAUAGAUUUUCACUGCUACGUGGAUGACACCCAACCCCCUCUUCCACCUCCCUCCCUGUCUGACUGCCUUGCUGAAUUCAAGCAGUGACUGUCAUCCAAUGUUUUACAACUAAACAGUGAUGAAAGCAAAAUGAUAAUUCCUCCCUCGGAUCCUCGACGUCCCCUGCAUCUCUCAGUCCCCUCUUCUCAUCUGUACACCAUAGGGGAGAGAGGAGUUGACUUUUUUACCUUCUUCACAUCAAGACUCAAAGCACACUUACUGUAUUCCGGACAUCUUAGUCACCUUGAGAUCAACUUAUUUUAGCUUACAUGUGUGAUUUUAAAUGGCUUUUUCUAUUUGUACUGCUUUUAUUGGUCCUUCUUUCUUGUUUUGUCUUGUCUUGUGUGUGUGUUUAUAUACACAAGAAUGCCUAUGAACAGUUUGAUAAAGAGACUAAGGACAUGGAUUACUGGAACCAUAUCCUCUGGUCUGACCAGAACAAGAUACACUUAUUUGGUUCAGAUGGUGUCAGGCGUGUGAGAAGUGUGCCUUGUCUACAGU